UGAAAGCUCAUUCAUCUUCAGCAGCCUGGAGCGGAUGUGUCACUUCGAUCCACUCUGCAUCACUUGACGCAUCAGUGUAACAGGAAAAACAAAAUAUAUGUAGUUAGUAAGUUGACCGAAGUGUUGGAUAGGAGCAGUGGACACUGGAUGCGACAGGCGGUUUGGUGAAGGUUUGAACAAUGCGAGAACGACCCUCGAACUUCCUGAUCUGGAAACAGUUUUUCUAACGAGGGAUUUAUCUGAAUCACACCCAGAAGGAAACCGACUUAUAGACAAUUAUAGCAAAAAAUACAUAAAUAAAUAAAAAGAAAAAAUGGCUCAACUAUUUUACAAGAGAACUGACAACUCCACAUACAAUGACCGUCUCCCACUGCGGGUUGUGCGGGCAGAAGCUGAGCUCUCUCCCAUGGAGAAGGUCUACCUGGGGGCCGUAGAAAGAGGGGACUACGCGAGUGUAAAACAAGCGUUAGAGGAGGCUGAGAUCUACUUCAGAAUCAAUAUCAACUGCAUCGACCCGCUGGGACGCACGGCCCUCCUUAUUGCCAUCGAAAACGAGAACCUGGAGAUCAUAGAGCUCCUGCUCAGCUAUAACAUUCAUGUGGGUGAUGCCCUGCUGCACGCCAUUCGUAAGGAAGUAGUGGGGGCCGUUGAGCUGCUCCUCAAUCACAAGAGGCCACGUGGAGAAAAACAGAUCCCCCCAAUUCUGUUGGACAAACAGUUUUCAGACUUCACUCCAGACAUUACUCCAAUCAUCCUUGCAGCUCAGACAAACAACUAUGAGAUCAUCAAAUUGCUUCUGCAACGAGGUGUUUCUGUACCUCAGCCACAUGCUGUGCGUUGCAACUGCAUGGACUGCAUGUCCCACACAGACGUGGACAGCCUUCGUCACUCACGUUCUCGUCUUAACAUCUACAAGGCCCUUGCCAGCCCCUCUCUCAUUGCCCUCUCCAGUGAAGAUCCGUUCCUGACGGCUUUUCAGCUCAGCUGGGAGCUGAAGGAGCUCAGCACAGUGGAGAAUGAGUUCAAGUCAGAGUACGAAGAGUUGUCCCAUAUGUGCAAACAAUUUGCAAAAGACCUUCUGGACCAGACUCGAAGCUCGAAGGAGCUGGAUAUAAUUCUCAACUACCAUGAUGACACUGAUCCUCUGAUGGAUGAGAACAACAAUGACCUAGCCCGUUUGAAACUGGCAAUCAAAUACUCCCAGAAGGAG